AUGGUGGGCCAACAGCCGGUGCUGAUGCACCUGAUCCGCCUCCUGGCCCUUGUCAUCAUCGCUGCGACUACCUCGCACGCGCAAGACGUGGCCUACUGCCAAGCGCCGCAUUCGCUCAUGGGUGACGCUCAGGGCAUUCUUCUCCAAGCAACCGGCUCACUUCCGACGGGUGCCGUGCUCUUUGGCCAGUCCAAGGUGGAGAUCUUCCAGCAGGAUUACAUCUCCUUCGGCGCGGCUGGGGAAUUUCGCCUCGGGCUUGCCUUCAAUCCGAACCAGGCGAGCCAGGCCUUUUACCCCCCCGGGGGAGCGGAUUUCCCCGCCGGUUGGGAACGACACAUCCUGUCAAGUCCGGGCGAUUCCCCCUUGCUGCUGGCAGUUGGACCGGCAGAGGCUCGUCUCUUCUCCUCCACAGGCAACUCUCCGCUGAGUUUCCCCAGCCAAGCCUUGGGAAGGCUGCUUGCGACAUCAUCUCCGCGCCCGAACCAAGCCAUCCUCCUUACUCUCCUGCCAAACUCUUUUUUCCUUCUCGUGCACAUGUUCGCUAAUAGCAGCCACCACAAAGAAAUCUCCCCCAUGCUCCCCGGUGGCGUGCUUCCGGGAAGUGCCAUGCGCGCUGCGCGUGCUGCCGAUCCUUGCGUGUUUUAUAUCUGGCAGCACAAGAACCUGCUGCGUCUCACCUACUCGUAUGAUGACAAUUCCGUGGAUGUAGACCGAUCUCUACUGAAUGCGGUGAUCCUUGAUCUUGUGCCAACCAGACUCUCAUCAGACACCGGGCCCGACAGCGAGGACCUGCUCCUUCUGAUGGAGGGGGGUCAUUGGCAUGUGCUGCGGGAUGGCCAGCUGCCUGUAAAUGGGGCCCUGGGCGAGGGGAUGCCGCAGCCGGACUUUGCUCCCGGACAAAUCCUGGCCCCCUUCAGUCAUGAACUGGUUGAUGGGGCCCGCACCUCGAUCGCCUUCUACCGGGACGACGGCAUCGCCGGGCCAAAAUUCUGGCGCUUGGAGUUUGCCCCCAGUGGCACACUGAUCCGCGUGCGGUCGGUACUUUUCCCGACCGGCGCCACCGACCUGGAGGCCCUCAGGCCGAUGUUCCUUCGAAUCGAUGACUCGGACGCUGUGCGGCUCGUAUUGGCCAACUCCCGGGCAUACUUCGACCCGGUGGACUUUGGCUGCGGCGAUCCGGCCAACACCCUCCCUGGGGAUGAGUCAAUUACUUGCCUUUCAAGCAGCAGCUCCGGCUGGACAUGCAAUACCGGCAGGGUCCCCGGCAUCUUUGGCAAGGGCGAGCGUCUGUGCAAUGCCUGCCGGGACGGCUUUGGGGCUUUCCUCAAUCCGAAUGGGGCCUGCUCGACACCUAAUUGUGCCACAUGCGACUCCAGCACUGGCGAGUGCCUGGUUUGCCUGACUGGGUAUCUGGUUGUCAUCUCGGAUCAAACAUUCUGUCUGGAAAGCUGCCCGACCGGCCUCCAGCCCGUGGGCAAUGUAUGCCAAGAUGCCAGCAUCGGCACUCGCAUCCAAUCGGAUGUGAGCUUCACCCAGGCAACGGUCAGCGGUACCGCCUGGAACCCGGCCGGACAGGACCCGGUGGAUGUGCUCCUUCCGACGGUGCUUCUAGUGCAGGCGGGAGCCGUGUACCUGCCCUGGAGCCAGGACGUCCGGCCCCCGCGUUUGCUUGGCCUCCGGUCCAGCGGCCUGCCCCUACUGAUCACCCCCAUGAGCACGGUCGCCGAGGAAAACCUCCAGUCGGUUGAUGCCAUUGCCCCGGGGAAUUGGCCGUCGAUGGGCCAGUCCAGCCUCCGGGGCGCCAUCGAAAUCCUCCAACCAAGCUCCGAGUCGGGAUACCACGACGCCGUGGUUGUCUAUUGCAGCAGCGCGGGCCUGUCCUUCGUCUGGCUGAAAUGUCUAUCGGUCCCCGUGGGCCCUGUGGGCACGCCCUGCAAGGCUGACUUGUCUCUGUCGUCACAGAACGAGAGACCAUGUGACGCGAUUGCGGCUUUUGCGGAUGGCCGAACGAUUGCCGUGACCGACAGCACGGGGACCCGGCUUUUUCGGUUCUCCUCAGGCGGGAGCUUUUCCCAGGUGCCCCUCUUCGGGGGGCCCGGCUUGCCGGUCCUCCUGCCGGGUCCCUCGUCGGCUGGGGAUGCCCAGCUCAUGGUUCUCAGCGAUUCCCACGGGAAUCUAACGGUGUCGCCGCUGGCCAUGCAUUUGGCAAAUGACCUGCGCUUGUCUUCGGUGCGGAUGAAUGUGUUCGCCAGGAACAAGCCGGCGGGCCUUCGGCCCUUGGUCCUGCCGACUCCCAGCCGAGCCGGCCAAUCCACGGGCGACUUCCUGGCCAGCUGUCUGGAAGCCGACCCCAAUGGAAUGGGCACCCUCUGGACGGUGUCUCAUCUGCCCGGGGGGUGGGCUCCUCGCGGUCAGACUGCCGGAUUGCCCAGUCGAUCGCACACCCUGCUGGCGCUGGCAGAUACCCCGGACGAUUACCGCAUCGAGGCCGUUCCUCUGGAGGGCAUGCCCCUGACUCCGGGGAUGCUUGUGCUGAUGGUGGACAGAUUCUUCGCCAUGGCCAUCCUCCACUGUGAGCCGGACCGGGCCAAUUGCUUCUUCCUGCCUGCUCGGAAAGUCACCCUGCCGGAGGAACUCCUGUUGACCGCCGCUGCCAUGUUUGUUGCCGUGCCUUCGCCAUCCUCGGGAAUAACGCCCCCCAUGGGUGUCGCCGGCCAGGCCACCUCCCUGGGGCCCUCCAUCUUGACGGCCUCCUUCAUGGUGCUGCUGAAGGACAAUGUCCUUCCCUUCCGAGUGGAUGUCACGGUGGCCCUGUGCCCUGGCGCUGGCCCGGGGAUUUAUCUCCCCGACUGCCUGCCCUGCCAUGAUACCUGCCACACUUGCUUCGGGUCCCUGCCAAGCCAGUGCAUCGAGUGCCAUCUCGCGGCCCCGGGACACUUGCCGGGCGUGUGCCUGGCCAGCUGCCCAGCCGGCCUCCACCAGGUCCCCAACACUCGGACAUGCGACUGCCACCAGGACUGCGACCAAUGCGAGGCUGAUACCAGCCUCAACCGGUUCUACUGCACCGACUGUGCGGUCGGGCUGGCCCUGGAUGUGUCUGAUCCCCUGGCCGAUCGUUGCCUCCCGUGUCACGACAGCUGCCGGGCAUGUCGCUUUCCCGAUGAUGAGGCCGCCUGCGAUGGCUGUGCCCUGGGCUUCUUCGAGCAUGGUGGGCUUUGUCUUGCGGCCUGUCCACCGGGCACUUGGGCCAAUGGGGUUGACCGAAAGUGCUCGGCCUGUCCAGAUGGCUGCACCGCCUGCACCGGGACCGACGCCUGCAGUGCCUGCUCGGCUGGAUGGUACCACGACCCGGACGCCAGCAAGUGCCAUGCGUGUCCGAUGACUUGCGAUGAGUGCACCUCCCCUGGGGUUUGCAGCCUCUGCCGCCCGGGGCUGGUUUUCCUGUCGCCCAAUCCCUCGGUCGGGUCCCUCUGUGGCAGCACCUGUGCCCCGGGCGAGUAUGUCGGGCCCGGCCGGUGCAUGGCCUGCGACGGGUCGUGUGCCCUGUGCACUGGCGGGCCGGCGGUGUGCUCGGUCUGCCCCGGGCAGGCGGACACGUGUGCCCUGUGCGAGCGGGGGUGGCUGCUGGCCUCGCCGGCGUGCGUGGACUCCUGCCCGGCCGGGUCCUCGCCGCAGGGCGGCUUGUGCGUCACCUGCCACCCGACCUGUGACACCUGCUACGGCCCGGGGGCCGACCAGUGCACCUCCUGUGGAUCCAACCAUCCGUUGCUUGUGGAUGGGCGCUGCUUGGCCGACUGCCCUGCGGGCAGCUUCUCCUCGGGGCACAAGUGCAUCCCCUGCCAUGCCUCCUGCGAAGCCUGCAGUGGCCCCGGCCCCGAAGACAUUAUGUGGCAGACGCGCAUCCUGCCGGCUCGGUAUGCCGGCCUUGCGAUGCAUCUUGCGCAGCGUGCGACGGCCCGGCCGAAGGCCAGUGUACUGGCUGCCCGGCGGGCGCAUGGCUGGAAUCCGGGCGCUGUGUGGAUUCGUGCUCGGCGCGGUUCUUCCUCUGCCCGGGGACCAGCUCGUUGCAUGCCGGUGUGCACGGGCUGCGAAGGGGCGCUGGUCCUGUCGCCGGUGACCGGGCUCUGUGCGGAGGCCUGUGCAGAGGGCGAGUUCCUGCCGAGCGGCCAGACCCAUUGCCUUGCCUGCCAUGCCUCUUGUCGGACCUGCAUCGACGCCGGGACAUUCUGCACCUCGUGCCCCGGGAACUCGCUGUGGCUCCAGAAGGAGACCGGCAUUUGCGCGUCGGCCUGCCCGGGGACCGGCUUCGUGGAGGCGGUCUUCCCCGGGGCCACGCCGGACCGGGUGUGCCUGGCCUGCCCGGACACGUGCGAGGCGUGCACGACCGAGGGCAUGGCCGGGGCAUGCAAGCUCGGGCCGAGCGGGCGAGUCGAGUGCCCGGUACCCGAGACCUGCACCCGGUGCGCGUUGGAGCUGCUGCUCCACGGCGGGUCGUGCGUGCCCGCCUGCCCGAGCACCGGGUUCUUUGCCGACUGGGAGGCCUCUCCGGCGGAGUGUGCUGCCUGCCAUGACAAGUGCCGUGUUUGCUCCGGGCCAUCGAGGGCCGACUGCCUGGACGGGCCGGGAUCCUCUCGGGGUCGCCUUGCUCUGGGACUUGGCCUCGGCCUGGGUCUGCUCCUGCUGCUGCUCCUUCUUGUUGUCUUGUUUUUCCUACGCCGGCGUCUGGGCGCCGCCUCAAAGCGUCUUCCUCCAACGGAUGAUGGCCUCGAUGAAAACGCGACUGUCAUGAACACCAUCCUCGAGCUCUCCCUGCCCGGCAGUAUCAUGGUCAACAUCGGCAGCGAUUUUGCCCGCCUCAAUGAGGCCAGCCUGGGGGCUGGGGCCCAGGCCAGCGUCUUUGGCGCGCGCGCCGUCGGGGCCGGCAUCUCCGACCGCCUCGGCUGCCCGGGCACCGUGGCCAUCAAGCAAUUCAAGACCCACCGGCUGAAGCCCACUCAGGGGCCCCUCUUCCAGAAUGAAAUUGCCCUGAUGUGGCUGCUGCGCGACAUGCCCGGCGUGGUCCGGCUCUAUGGGUAUAGUGAGCAGCCGCCGGCCAUUGUCAUGGAGCGCUUUGACACGGAUCUCCACAAUCUCCUCCAUUCGGAGGUGCCCCUGCCACCGGCCAUCCUUUGCGCCAUUGUCGAGCAGUGGACCGCGGGCCUCGAGGCCAUGCAUGCCCAGGGCAUCGCCCACCGGGACAUCAAAUCCGGCAAUGUCUUUGUGAGUCGCAAUGCCGAUGGCAGCUGGCGGGCCGCUCUCGGGGACUUGGGCGCCUCGCGGAGCCUGAGCACCGACCGGUCCUCGGCCCUUGUGGUCGACGUGCCCGAGCUCAAUGCCAUGACAGCGCGAUAUGCCGCGCCCGAGGUGCUGGCCGCCUUCCAGCGCCGGCGCCCGCUGGACACCGAGCUCUACCUUCCGGCGGACAUCUACUCGGCGGCGGAAUACCGCGACCCGGUGUCGCUGGCCUGCCUGCCGUGCCACAGUGCCUGUGCCACGUGCAAUGGGCCCACCGAUCACGACUGCUGGCGGUGCGCCGACUCCGUCCUGCAAGAUGGCCAGUGCCUGCAAUCCUGCGCUCCCAAGCAUGUGGCCACCUCGGGCCGGUGUCUCCCCUGCCAUCCUUCGUGCGCCGGCUGCUUCGGCACCCGGAGUACGGAAUGCCACGACUGCCUGGGUGGCUUGCUGACGCUGCCAGCUGGCGGCCCGGCUGCCCGGUGUGUGGCUUUCUGCCCGGUGGGCUACAGCACUUCGACGGCCGGGUGCUCGCCCUGUGGGGCCCACUGCAGCAGCUGCCCCGGGCAGGCGGACACCUGGCGGGCCGCUCUCGGGGACUUGGGCGCCUCGCGGAGCCUGAGCACCGACCGGUCCUCGGCCCUUGUGGUCGACGUGCCCGAGCUCAAUGCCAUGACAGCGCGAUAUGCCGCGCCCGAGGUGCUGGCCGCCUUCCAGCGCCGGCGCCCGCUGGACACCGAGCUCUACCUUCCGGCGGACAUCUACUCGGCGGCGGUGCUGCUGUGGGAGUGCCUCCACCGCCGGGUCCCGUGGCAGGGCCAGGGCUUUGAGGAGAUCACCGCGCAGGUGCUGGCCGGGGGCCGGCCCAGCGCGGCCGGCCGUGGGGGGGUCGGGCCCGAGUCGCACUUUGAGGACCUGCUGCAGCUGGCCUGGGACUCGAACGCGCACGCCCGGCCGCUGGCCGCCUCCCUCCGGCAGAAGGCCACCAUGGCCCGCCUUGCGACUCAUGGCCCUUGA